AUGAAUUAUUAUCAUAAGUCAAAGAACAGAAUUGUCAUGAACGAAUUAACAUCUCUGUCGACAAUUGACCAGAAAAUGGCCGAAAUGCGUAUCAAGAACUUGGAACUACUUAAGCGUCAUCAGGAAAUCGAAGAAGAUCGUCAAUUUGCUGUUCGAACGGGCGCCACAACGACAACUACUGAAAAUCAAACAGAUAACAAAGUGAUGAGAGGCACUGCCAAAAAUCGCGUACGUAUCAACGUUAAUGAUCAACAUUUUCAAGAAAAUCAACUUGAACGAAGUCAACGGCAAGCGACACGGCGCAAAUUUGAAAACGCUCGUAACGACGCUCAACCGCAACGCGCACAGCGUAUUGAUUACAAUCGUUUAAAACGCGAACGUGCACAAGAGAUCAAUAAUCCAAAAGGAAAUAGCAAUAACAAUAAUAGUAGCAAUAAUCUGAUUAAUCCUCAAUUACACCAAUAUGCCUUUCCGUUCCAAAAUCAAUCGGAGAACACUAAUGAUGUGGACGAACCAACAAAUGCAAAAAGACUUGUCAUUGUGAAUAACAAAGCUGAUCGAAUUGGUAGUGGUCGAUUCACUCAACAACAACGUACUCAAGAACACGGACAACGUAAACGAGAAGAACGAAUGCGUCGAUGUACAGUACAAAAUAAUGGGCAUGCAGGAGGCUCUACUAAUGAAUUUCAUCUUGACGUGCCACCAAUGCCAUUAUGGCAAAAUAGUCCAAUGCAUAUCCAACUUGUACCAGCAAAUCUUUCCAAUCAUCAUCAUCAUCAUCACCAUCAUACAGAGCUCGAUAAUCUGAUGAAUACACAUGGCAAUCACGGUGACCAAAUAGAUCAAUCUGCCUACAUUCAUAAUUUUGUUUACUCACCUCCAGCUCAAGCAUCGUCAUUCAAUGGAAAUGGCACUGUUUAUUUUGCUCAGCCAGCUCCACCCCAUCCUUCAACUUCUCAACCAGCCACAUCUCAGACACAUUUCCAUCAAUAUCAUUCAACACAUCCAUAUGAAACUACAACUCAUCAUCAAUUUCAUAUGCCUACCUUUCAAUCAUCUCCUCUCUUUCAGCCACCACUAACUACAUUACCACCAUCGCAAGACACUUCACCAAUCGACUUACCGCCGCGUUUUCGUCAUGUCGAGAAUAAGUUUUCUCAUCAACGACCGAUGUCUGGCGAUUUCGAACGUCUACACAACGCUCAUCAUUCGUCCUCACGGUUCAACAACGAAAAUCGUUUUCAAUCUCGACCACAAUCAUUCUACGAUUUUUCUUCAAGUACAAACAACUUCUUCCGUUCAUCCAAUACGAAUCGCUUUCAACGAACGAACAACAGCAAUAAUAAUAAUCUUAACAACAAUAAUACCAGUCUUCCACUUUCUGCGUACAUGAAUGCGGAUGACUCAUUAGAUGAAAAUGAAAAUAUAAACAAUAAUAAUCAUUGGGGAACAUCAUAUCAACGUCGUCGAUCGACACAACAGCAGCCGCCACCACCACCACCACCACAACAACAACAACCGCAGCAGCAACGAAUACAUAAUCAAGAUAAACAUCAAUUUCCAUUAUCAUCUUACGAUCCUCGUCAAUAUGGUUUUCAUAGUAAUUAUCAACGACGAAAUAAUUCCAAUACUGGUACACAUACUAAUCGACGACAUCUAAUCAACAAUAAUCGUGUUAAUAGUAACGAUCUGUCCAAUUCAAAUGGCACCGAUCUGAUCGAAGAAUGGUGGGAGGAUGACAAUAUCGAUCUACUCGCACCGAAUUCCUCAAUCACAAAUGCAGAUAUGAAACAGACAAUAACGGCAGCAGUUGAUGAUAGUGGAAAUAGUUCGUUAUCAACAAGUAUGCAUUUAAAAGAAUCGAUAUCUGAUGAUUCUUCGGCAAACGAUCCGAUGAAUCCACCAUCGGAUAUCUCAACUACUGACAGUAAUAUCAUCGAAUCUCUUGAUAAACUUCAACAGCAAUUGAAAUUAGAAGAAGCUGUCGAUGAACGAUUAGCAUCGGCAAACAACGAGCCAAUUAAAAUCAAUAAAGGCCAAUUGAAUAAUGAACCAACACCGUACGAUACAGCUCAUUUCAUGCAAUGGGCAAAGGAAAAAUUUAGAGAGGAAUUAGCAGGUCGACUUACUGCUCAGGAAAUUGAACAACAAGAUGCUGUGACAACGGAUGAUGAUGAAGAGCACGACGGCGACGACGACAAAGUUCAUUCGGCAAGCAAACCUGUUGAAUCAAUGGACGCCCUUGAGGAUGAUCUUAAUGACAAAUUAACAAUCGAUGAAAACCAAGGCAAUCGAAAUCAAUCGAUUGUUGUCGAAUGA